AUGGCUUUCUUUCCACAGUUGUCUGGUGAUUUUUCACCCUUGUUUCGCAUGUUGGAUGAUUAUGACAUUCACCGCUCCAGCCGUCCCAAGAGUCGGACUCCACCUCCCCGUUCUUUUGUCCCGAAAUUUGAUGUCCGGGAACUGAAGAAUGGCUACCAGCUUGAUGGAGAAUUACCGGGUGCCAACCCACAGAACAUCGAUGUCGAAUUCACGGAUUCACAAGAACUUGUCAUAAGGGGACAUGUGGAGCGAGAAUACAACCACACGAGUCCAGACGAAUCUGACAGAACAGAAACCGCUUCCAAUCAGAAGGCUCGCCAACCUACUGUUGAGGAUGAAGAUGAAGAGAGCUGUAAGACCGCCGCUGCACCCAUUCCGACCGAAAUGCCGCCUAAGAAAGUCAGGAAAAGCAAUCCUUCACCCAAGCAUAAGUAUUGGGCCUCCGAGCGCAUUGUUGGCGAGUUUCAGCGAACAUUCACCUUCCCGGCUAGAGUCGACCAGGAUGCUGUGAAGGCCAGCUUCAAAGAUGGUAUCCUCUCGGUAAUUGUUCCAAAGACAUCAGUGCCGAAAACGAAGAAGAUCACUGUUGAUUAG